CAAGCGUAGAAAAACUUUUCAACAGCCGCCAUUUUGACUAUCUGUGACUUGGGUGAAAAUUUGGAUAUUAUUCUUGAAAUUAUUGUUCAUUUUGACGAAUGUGUAGUAACAUACUAGGUAAUUUUAGUGACAUUGAGUAUGUAGUGUUGUUCUAAAGAGUCAGUGUUUGUGAAUUUGUAAAAUAAUGUGCUAAACAGUGGAUGAUUUACAUCGUGAUCAUUGUGUGAGUCAAUGGGAAGAUGGAGAGAGGAACAGUGUAAGCUCAUCAGCCAGCUUGGGGCUUCAUUAUGCCCAAUGGUUGAUUUUGAAUCAUUAAUAUGUGCCUUGUUAGGUGUUUUAAACAUCGGACUUGUGGCACAAUACAGUUCAACAGUUAUAUUUGCCGUUGGAUCUCGUUAAAACCAUGUGUGUAGAUUUUCUAUAUCGUAAUAAAUACGAUACUCCAGUGUAGUCAAGAAGGCAGGCUUUUGUAAACAGCGAGAUAUGGCUGAUCAUCUUGUAGACGGACCGCCAAACAAGCGGCAAAAAUUGACGGAUCCUUUUCAAGGAGCCUCAGAUUCUUCAGCGCUGCUCUCUCCCAACCUGAUGCGCCAUUCCUUCGACUACUCGUCCAUCGCGGCGCAGGGCGGCGGCGGUGUUGGUGUGGACUCAGCCUCAUUGCAGCAGCAGCUUCAUCAACAACAGCAACACCAACAUCAGCAGCAGCAGCAGCAGCAACAGCAAUGGAACCAACAAAAGAGAAAUUUGUUCACGAAUACAGAUAUGUUUGACUUGGAAAACGAUCUUCCGGACGAGCUGAUGACAAGCUGGGGCUCUUCGGCCGCCGACCAAGCGGCGCCGUCGUCGAAGCCCCCAGCCACCGGCCCCGGUCCUGGCCCCGGGCAGAUGCAGAACGGCGCCCUCCCCCCCGACGCCCAGCAAGACGUCGUUCAGCAGGCGCAGCGCUCGCUUGUCACCCAACAACAGAUUCAGCAUCAUCUUAUGCAGCAGACGGCGAAGAACCAGCUGAUGAGCAACUCGCUGGGCCUCGGCAAGGGCACGAUGCAGUCGCCACCAAACGUGUCAGUGAGCAAGCCGGGUGUCGACCCCAUGGUGGUCAGCCUCGCGCCGCCCAACUCGCAGACGCUCGUCCCGUCCGUGCCCAUCAACAACAAUGCCGCUGGCGGCAUGAUAAUGACGAGUAGCAGUGGCGUGAACUCGCUGGGAGGCGGUGGCAUGGGAGGGGGUGCCCUGGUGGUGACGAGUGUGAACAGCAUGAACAAGCAGCCGUUGACAGCAGCCGCCGUCAGCGCCAUGAUGGCCAGUGGACCCCCCAACGCCACGCCUGGGCCCCAAGGCAGACUGAUGCAUCAUGCGCAGAGCAUGCAGAAUGGGCCUUCGCUGAUGACAGCCAGGGCGGCCAUAGCAAUGCAGCAGCAGCAGCAGGGUCACAUGGUCAGGGGCAAUCAGUCUCCGCACCAGGUGCAUGCUAUUCCCGGACCUAGAAUUCAGGGACCGAACAUGAGCGGGAUACAGCAGAUCGGCGGCGGGCUGGGCGCAGCGAACGCGUAUCCGUUCAACACGGCGGGCGCAGGCGGCCAGUGCGCCGUGGUGGCGCCGCAGCAGAGGGCCACCAUGCCAGGCGCCGCCACCAUGCAGGCCAGGUUCGGCGGUGCUACCGGCGGGGCUAUUGGUGCGGCAGCUGGAACCGAGGGUGGCAUAGCCCCGCAGGCGCAGCCACCGGCCGCGUCACCCGCCCAGCCGCUGUCGGGCGCACCGUCAGGCGCACAGCCGGGGCCCACACAGGCGGCCACCUCGCAGCAGGCGCAACAGGGCGCCACCUCCAGUGCCGACCCGGAGAAGCGCAAACUCAUCCAACAGCAGCUGGUACUGCUGCUGCAUGCGCACAAGUGUCAGCGCAGGGAGAGCGCUGCCAACGGAGAGUCACAGUGCACAUUGCCCCAUUGCAUGACUAUGAAGAACGUGCUGAACCACAUGACCACCUGCCAAGCGGGCAAGUCAUGCUCUGUGCCGCACUGCUCCUCAUCCAGACAGAUCAUCUCUCACUGGAAACACUGUACACGCUCCGACUGUCCUGUCUGCUUACCACUCAAGCAAGCUGACAAAAAUCGCAACAAUCCCAAUGUUGUGACGCAUCAAGCACCGAACAGCACGCUGAACCCGUCUCCGUCGGAUAUGCGACGCGCGUACGACGCACUGGGCAUCCAGUGUCCGACAGGCACCGGCCAACUGCUGGGUCCGACGGCGGGCAUCAGGCCACCGCCCCCGCCGCCCCCGCAGCAACGUCCCACCCACCCCCAGCAGCCGCCCAACGUGCGCGUGCUUGCUCCCAACCAGUCACCGGGGGCGGCAGGCCAGCCGGGAGUGGCACCUAACGUCAGCCUGCCAUUGGUGGAUGGCGUGGGGGUGGGAGUGGGAGGCGGUGGAGGGGCUGCGACGGCGGCACAGACGGCCGCCUCCAUACAGCAGACGGUCGCCAACAUGCAGAACACACUGUUUGGCCUCUCACCCAGCUCAGAUUCGCCUAACACCAGUAUUGGUGGUGGAGAUAAUAGGUUGGCAGCCCUGACGUUGCCCGCUGGCUUACAGCCGAACCAAGUGACAGCGACGCCGGUCCAAGGCACUAAAGAGUGGCAUCAGUCAGUCACACCUGAUCUCAGAAGCUACCUCGUCCAGAAAUUGGUGCAAGCAAUAUUUCCUACCCCAGAUCCUCAAGCGAUGUUGGAUAAACGAAUGCACAAUCUUGUAGCUUAUGCGCGAAAAGUUGAAGGAGACAUGUACGAAAUGGCUAACUCAAGGUCCGAGUACUAUCAUCUGCUGGCAGAGAAAAUUUACAAGAUCCAAAAAGAACUGGAGGAAAAACGACAGAAGCGGAAAGAACAGCAGAUGUUGCAGCAACAACAACAGCAGCAGCAGAUGGAACAGCAGAGACAGAACAUGCAGCGGCAAUGCGUUCAGCCGCCUCCACCGCCCCCGCAGCAGCAGAGGCCGCCGAUGCACUCUCCGGCCGGGGGUGGUGGCGGAGGCCCACCUGGGUCAGUGGCAGGCCCACCUCCGAACCGUGGCCUGCCGUUCGCGCAGGCGCAAGGCGGCCCGGGUAGCGUGGGCCCCAGCCUCUCGCCGUUCACCUCCAAUCCGCCUUCAGUGCCGCCCCCACCGUCCACCACUAGUCAAUUCCCCCCCAACGCAGGCGGUCACCAGCUGCAGCAGGGGCGCAUCACCACCGCCCCCGCGCCCCAGCUGUCGCCGGCCUUCGCCCCCCAGUUCCCCUCGCCCAGCGGUUCGCAGCCGCCUCCGCCCCCGCAGUCUACCAUCACAACGCCGGUCGUCUCCUCUGUUUCCACUGUUACAGGAUUACCUCAGCAAACACAAUCGCAACUGGGGCAGCUGUCACAGCAGCAGCAGCAGCCGCAACAAGCACUUCAACCGCAAGCGCCGACGCAGCCGCAACCGCAGCCGCAGCAGCAACCGCAGGCACCGCAGUUGUCGUCGGUGGGCGCGACAGGACCCAGCUCCGUUUCGGCUAGUCCUGUUGCGCCGUCGCCAGCCGCAGUCGCCGCCCCCACCCCCUCUCCAGCCGCAGCCGUGCUAGCAGCCGCAGCCGCCGCCGCCACCAGCAAGGCCUACACCAUUCCGUCGCGAUCGGCGUCGUCGUUCUCCAGUCAGCUGGCUGCGAUCAGUGCCGCCCGCGACGACGAUUCGCCGCCCCCGGCCUCGGCCGCCGGUGCCGCCUCCAAGGGCAAGUGCGAGCCCAACAUCAAGGAGGACCCGGAUGACGCCAGCCAGGGGGGCGGCGAUGGCAUGGGUGGCAAGGGCGGCAAAGGUGGUAAAGGCGGCAAGGGCAUGGCCAACGGCGAAGGCAAGAUCAAGACUGAACCCAUGGAUGAAGACGACGCUUCUGAUUCCAAAACAAUCAAAGAAGAGCAUCAAAUUAAAGAAGAGCCAAAAUCGCCAAUGUCUGCUAAUCGUGCAAUUGACGUCAAACCUGCUGUAGUUCCUGAACCUAUCCAAGGGGGUGAAAAGAAGAGCAAGUGCUUAUUCAAACCGGACGAGUUGCGGCAGGCGCUAAUGCCAACUCUGGAGAAGUUGUUCCGCCAAGACCCGGAGUCGUUUCCGUUCCGGCAGCCGGUGGACCCGCAGCUGCUGGCCAUUCCCAAGUACUUUGAGGUGAUCGAGCGACCAAUGGACCUGUCCACCAUCAAGCGCAAGCUUGACACCGGCCAGUACUCGGACCCUUGGGAGUAUGUCGACGAUGUCUGGCUCAUGUUCGACAACGCCUGGCUAUUCAAUCGAAAGACCUCGCGUGUUUAUAAAUAUUGUACAAAGUUGUCAGAAGUUUUCGAACAAGAAAUAGACCCAGUGAUGCAGUCGCUUGGAUACUGCUGUGGCAGACAGUACACGUUCAACCCUCCCGUGCUAUGCUGUUACGGCAAGCAGCUCUGCACUAUUCCAAGAGAUGCCCUCUAUUAUAGCUACCAGAACAGUAUACGAAGUUAUGGUGUUCUGUCCGACAGAUACACGUUCUGUCAGAAGUGCUUCAACGACAUCCCGGGCGAUACCGUCACGCUGGGCGAUGAUCCGACGCAGCCGCAAACUUUAAUUAGAAAAGAACAAUUUAAGGAGAUGAAAAACGAUCAUCUAGAAUUAGAGCCUUUCGUUGAAUGCAUGGAGUGUGGGAGGAAGCUACAUCAGAUAUGCGUUCUACACAUGGAAAACAUUUGGCCUCAGGGCUACACCUGUGAUAAUUGCAUAAAGAAGAAGGGUGCGAAACGGAAAGAGAACAAAUUCAAUGCGAAGCGACUGCCGACAACGAAGCUGGGAACUUACAUCGAGACGCGCGUCAACAACUUCCUGAAGAAGAAGGAGGCGGGUGCCGGCGAGGUGGCCAUUCGCAUUGUCGCCAGCUCCGACAAAAUUGUCGAAGUUAAGCCUGGCAUGAGGAACAAAUUCGUGGAGAACGGAGACUUGCCGGAGCAGUUUCCGUACCGGGCGAAAGCGCUGUUUGCGUUCGAGGACAUAGAUGGCAUCGACGUGUGCUUCUUCGGCAUGCACGUGCAGGAAUACGGCAGCGAGUGUCCCACGCCCAACACGCGGCGAGUCUACAUCGCCUAUCUCGACUCGGUCCACUUCUUCCGGCCGCGCCAAUUCCGGACGGCCGUCUACCACGAGAUUCUGCUCGGCUACCUCGACUAUGUCAAACAACUAGGGUAUACAAUGGCUCAUAUAUGGGCAUGUCCUCCAUCGGAAGGUGAUGAUUAUAUAUUCCACUGCCAUCCAUUAGAACAAAAAAUCCCUAAACCAAAAAGGUUACAGGACUGGUACAAGAAAAUGCUGGACAAAGGAAUUGUUGAGAGGAUAGUCAUGGAUUACAAGGACAUCUUGAAGCAAGCCGUAGAGGACAAGCUGAGCUCGGCGGCCGAGCUGCCCUACUUCGAGGGCGACUUCUGGCCCAACGUGCUCGAGGAGUCGAUCAAGGAGCUGGACCAGGAGGAGGAGGAGAAGCGGAAGCAGGCGGAGGCGGCUGAAGCGGCGGCUUCCAUCUACUCGAUGCAGGAGGAGAGCGAAGUGGGGCCUGACGGCAAGAAGAAAGGCCAGAAGAAGGCGAAAAAGUCCAACAAGUCGAAAGCCAACCAGCGAAAGUCCAACAACAAGAAGUCCAACACGCCGCAAACGGGCAACGAUCUGUCGGCAAAGAUAUUCGCCACCAUGGAGAAGCACAAGGAGGUGUUCUUUGUCAUCAGGCUGCAUUCUGUGCAGUCGGCUGCUAGUCUCGCUCCAAUCCAAGACCCGGACCCAUUCAUCAACUGUGACCUGAUGGAUGGACGUGACGCGUUCCUGACAAUGGCGCGCGAGAGGCACUACGAGUUCUCGUCGCUGCGGCGAGCCAAGUUCUCGUCAAUGGCCAUGCUCUACGAGCUGCACAACCAGGGUCAGGACAGGUUCGUCUACACCUGUAAUCACUGCAAGGGACAUGUCGAGACGCGCUACCAUUGCACCGUCUGUGAUGAUUACGAUUUGUGUGUACAAUGCUACGAGAAAGAAGGCCAUCCUCAUAAAAUGGAAAAACUUGGUUUGGACUUGGACGAUGGCUCUUCUCCAGCCGAUCAAAAGCAGUCCAAUCCACAGGAGGCAAGAAAACAUUCGAUCCAACGAUGCAUCCAGUCACUGGUGCACGCUUGCCAAUGCAGGGAUGCCAACUGCCGUCUGCCAAGCUGUCAUAAGAUGAAGAGGGUUGUUCAGCAUACGAAGAUCUGCAAACGCAAAGCCAAUGGCAACUGCCCCAUUUGCAAGCAACUCAUCGCUCUUUGUUGUUAUCAUGCUAAAUACUGUCAGGAGACGAAGUGCCCGGUGCCAUUCUGCUCGAACAUCAAGCACAAGAUGAAGCAGCAACAGCUGCAGCAGCGGCUGCAACAGGCACAGCUGCUGCGUCGCCGGAUGGCCGUCAUGAACACGACACGGACGUCGGGUGUGCCUGGGGUGGGUGUGCCGGGCGUGGGGGUGCCGGGGGUGGCAGUGUUGGGGGUGCAGCAAAGUGCCGUUCCCGCUCUGCCACCGCCUGCGGCGCCGCUGCCGGCUCUGCCCUCUGCCGCCCCCCACCAUCCGGCCGCCCCUGUCCCUGCCCUCGCUGCCUCCGCCGCGCCACCCGUCCCCGCCAUCGGGCACACGCAGACGCCGCCCGCCAAUGUGCUCCAGGUUGUCAAAGAGGUGCAGGAAGAGGCGGCUCGCCAGCAGGCGCCGCAUGCGGCCUAUGUGAGCAAGGUGGCUCCCUCAGUGCCACAGGUGAUGCCCCCGCCACAGAUGCACAUGCGGCCCGGACCACCGCUCAUGUCCAUGGACCAGUGGCAACCAAGGUAUCCAGGGAACGCAAACAUGCAGCCGAACGCCGGCCUGAGGCAGCAGACUCCUCAGCUGUUGGCCGGUGGCGUAGGAGGAACAGCAGGAGGGCAGCAGGUGGGAAUGCCGGUGGGUCUGCGGCAGCCGCAACCGCAGCAGCAGCCACAGCCGCAACCGCAACAGAACUCGGCGCUGCACAAGCAAGCGCUGCAACAGCUGCUGCAAACGCUGCGAUCGCCCACCAGUCCAGAGCAGCAGCAGCAGAUACUGCACAUACUCAAGAGCAAUCCCCAGCUCAUGGCUGCGUUCAUCAAACAGCGCUCUGUUUUCCAACAACAACAACAGCAGCAACAGCAACAGCAGCAGCAACAACAACAGCCUGGCGCUGUGCUGGGUGUUCCGGGCCAAGCGCCACCCCAGCAGGUUAGGUUGCAGCAUAUGAAUAUUGGUGGCGCUGUUCCACAACAACAACAGCAGCAGCAACAGCAGCCCCAGCAGCAGCAGCAACAACAACAGCAGCAGCAACAGCAGCAAUGGAUGAUGAAGCACCAAUUCAUAGCAAUGCAGCAACAACAACAGCAGCAACGCCAACAACAACAGCAGCAGCAACAACAACAACAGCAGCAGCAACAACAACAACAGCAGCAGCAACAACAGGGCUUUCCAGCUGGGUAUGGCACCCCCCAGCAGAGGCUGCCAGCCAUGCGUGGUGGCUACCCGGGCCAGAGUGCGGGUGGCUACGCGGUGGCGGGGGGCGAUGUCAACCAGCAGUAUCCGGUAAAGCCGACGCCACCUCCAGUGCCAUCACCCGUGAUGGGUCCCCCGGGUGCCGGGGGCGGCUUGGCCCAGCAGCAGCAGCAGAUGAUGCGGUCGCCGCCCCCGAUCCGCAGCCCGCAGCCUAACCCGUCGCCCCGCCCCGUGCCCUCGCCUCGCAAUCAACCGGUGCCGUCCCCCCACCACGACCCCAUGGGCCUGGGCCUGGCGCCUCCCGCACCCCCUGCUCCCCCUGACCCCAACGACCUCACGCCUCAGGACCAGUUAUCCAAGUUUGUUGAACAGUUGUAGUAUCGUGCAGCCUUCUAGCGUACUUAACUGCUGCUGCUUGCUGCACAGUGUGUGAUAGGGCUUGGCCGCCCGCCCCGCUCCUACCAAAUAAUUAGGCCAAUCGUGCUUCUGUACAUACAAACUGAUGUUAGCACUACUUGUUGAUUCUCUCCUCAUUAUUACUGUAAAAGGUGCCGUGUAAAUACAGUAGCUAGGACUUGUACAUAUCUGAUACGAAUACGAGUUAUCAUAAGUUAGACGUAGCUGAACAUUAUUUUUGAAAGUCAUCGUCACUGCUCCAUGUUUGUGUUGUAGAAAGCUGGCUGAAAAAGUGCGUCGUGUAAUGUCAAUGUAUUUUUUAACGAAUAAGCAUAUUAAAGCAUAAUGUUUUUUUAUAUUUUGAUAAGACAAAAUGCAAAGACUUGUUGACUAGUAAGUUGAAUUUGAUUUUACGUAUGUAUAUUUUCAAAAUAUUGUUCUAUUUAAGAUCUCUAGACUUUGUUAAAGUAAUGAUAAUUAUUUUAAAAAAGAACUACUAUAAAAACGACUUGUUCAUGUACCUUAGUGUCAUAGUAUCGCAUUGUUCAGCUAAAUGAGCAAUAAUAUUCAUAUUAUUUAAUUCUGAUCUUUUUGUAUUCGUGAGCGGAAAAGCUAGUAGUACUUCUGCUAAGUUUUGAUUGUGAAAUGCGAUUUUUGCAUAGAUAUUUUCUGGACUUCAUUAUUAGUUUUCUCUUUUCCAUUUCUGUACUUCGUAAUCAUAAUGUAUAGUUAUCAUUUUCUUAUUUCAUAAGCAUAAUAUACAUGGAAUUUGGUCCUAAAACUUGAAAUGUAGAGAUCAUGCAUUUCUAGAUUUCAUGACAGUUGGAAUUGGUUGAAAAGAAUCAGAUUUGAACUUAUUUUAUUAUUUUGAAAGCUUUAAAAUGUAUUUGUUACAUUUAAAUUUGACAUUAUUUUGCUACUGUACGGAUUUUCUCAUACAGUUAUAAAAUUGCGUUGAAGAAGAUAUUCUAUUCGAAUAGAAUGAACGAGUAGAUCUUGCAUUUUUAUUUGAAUAUUUUUCAAAUAAUUGUUUAUUCUGAAUGCAUGACCAUGUUCCUUUAGCAGAUUAGUCGUCGAAGCAAUAUUCUCAAUUAACUUGAUGAUAGAAGUUGUUGUAUCAUUAGGGUAAUGGCAAUCAAGUUUGAUAUUGAUUAAAUUAUUAUUUUUAACUAUUUAUUACAUUAUUGAUAUUUUCCAUGAUGUGUUAGCAAGUUUUUUUUUGUCGAAUCAAAUUUAAUAUUUUUGUAACGAAAAUUGUCAAAAUGUUCCUUGUAAUCUUGCUAAUAUCAGGAUAAAGUUGAAAUAAUGUACAUCACAUUUUAAUUAUAAACGAAAUGAACAUUAAUCUUUGGUUUCUUUAUUGUUUAAGAAUUUUAUAACAGGUGUUUCUAUAUUUACUCGUCACAUUUAGACAUUUAUGGAGUUUGGUGAUUUAUUGAACGAAGACCAAAUUCCAUGACUCAAAGUUGGAGUUCUGAUCUGGUGCCUGUGUGAGAGUGUGUGUGUGUGUGAGUGAGUAUGCAAGUCUGUUUGAUAGGUUGCCAUCAUGUAGUAGUGAAAAUGGACACUUGCUGUGGACAUGUAGCUCUCAAGUGCCUCUCAAAUGACAGACGUGCAUUCAGGCUGUGAAUCUCUUUUUGUUGUUUACAACAGUACCCGUUUUUGCAAGCGGCGGUUACCUGUUCAAAUUUCAUGAAUUCUUUUUAAGCCUGAGAAUUUUCAAAAGUUCUAAAAAAUUAUUUAUUCUGUAGAUAAUCGUCAAAAUAACUCAGUAAUUAUAAUGUUUAAUAUUAUGAGCUUAACUUCAGUUCAAAUUAUAAAUGUUUAAAUAAUUAACGUUUUUCCAAAUUUCUUUUCUUGAUUGACUCCUCAAUGUUAUUGACGUCUCAAUUAUUGAAUAAAUUGUGAAAACAUCUGGUAGACCUUGGCUCUCUUUGGGCCAUAAAUGCCAAUUACAUUCAAUACUCAUUAUUGCAACCCACUUGAGUUUCUUUAUCCAUGCUGAUUGGAAGGUUCUCACGGCCGAAAUCUUAAUUCAGUUGUUCCUCUCGUAGAGUUGAUUUGUUUCAUUAAUCAAAAGCAACCUCUUUGGAAGGAUGGCUCACCGGAAUAAGAAUCCAACUGAGCUAUUGCAUUUUAGUGACAAUCCUUUGGAGCCUUAACAGUAACAAAUUUCCAGUGUAUUUUAUGUUGUGAAAUUGAGUCCAGAUUGAUUCCUCUUGAUGCUACAUGACUUAUAUAGUUUCAUUUGCUAUCUUUAUUAUUUGUUAUUAAUUUAUUAUAGCAGUAUUAUUAAUUUAAAUCAAAUUACUCUAUCACAGUGUGUCGAGAUACUUUGCCAGUUUAGUUGAAUAUUUGAUAUUAUUUUUGUCGUCUGUGAAUGAGGUGAGAAGGUUUUGUACAGAUAAGCGCUCAAUGUACAGAUGUAAAGAAAUUCCAAAGUGUACAUAAUUGAAAUAGAUUAACUUGUACGGAAAUAAGGCGAAUUUAUUCUAAGAAACUUUGUGAUUGUUGAAAUUUGAAUUUGUUCUCUUUCAUACGAACAAAUUAUUAUUUAUUGAUUUCUCCAUUAAGUGUGAUUGAAUCAUGGACCGUUCAAUAAGGAUAAUGAUUAUAUAAAUUAUAUAAAUAUGAAUAUAAUAAUUAGGAAAACUGUUGUGUGUACAAAAUUUGAGAAAUGAAUAUGUUGCAAAUAACCUAUGUAUCUAUACUAUACUAUAUUUGUCUUCUUGUAGUAAUAGAAAUUGUGAUCCUUGUCGGAUCAUUUUGAUGAUUUUAUAUAAUAAAUAUUUAAAGA